UAUAUAUCUCAAUAUAUAUAUCACACCAUAUAUACAGAUUUAUAUAGAAGAGAUACCCCGGAUAUCCAGAACGUAACGACACCGAUUAAGCCAAACUGCAGGGAAAACAACAGCACAACACUCAGAGAGCCAGCAAAGAAAGAAAUCUAUAUUUUUAUUAUUUAGUGCUAGCAAAAACAAAAAACAAAACAAAAAGAAAGAAAGGGGAACGUCGUAUUGGAGAAUCUCGUCAGAUUAAGUGGAAUUCUAUCUCCGAUAAAGCACUGAAUGUUCUUGUUCUUCGCUGGACUACAAGGGGAAACAAUCGUCGUUCGUCAUUCGUCAUUCGUGCAUCAGAGUCUGAGUCGGAGUCACAGAGUCUGGAGUCUGGUCAAGGAUUUAGUGUAAAACCUAUAAGAAUAAGCCAUCGAGGGAAAGGAAAGUGAACGGGGUAGUAAGCAAUAGCCAAAGAGAGCCUGUCGAGCGGAUUGUGGCAGCGGGAGGAUCGGAGAGUGAGCAACGCCAAAGUACAAAUGCAUAAAUCGAAACUGAAUCUAUAACUUAGAGCCGGGUAUCAAGCAAUUCCCCUGAAUGCACACACAUUCAGGACACCAGCACCAAUCCAAUCCAAUUUAGACGCAGCAACAGCAGAAGCAGCAGCAGCAGCCGCCUCAACAGAUCCCCGCCCCCAAACAAUUAGAUUAGCCUACAGCUGAGAGAUAGAUAGACAGACAGACAUAGACAGGCAGGCAGGCAGAGCUCUUCUGUAGCCAGCAACUCCUCCUCAACCUCCUCAUACAAUUUUGUAAGCGUAACGGAGAGUCGACGUAGUGGCUGCAGCACGCGUAAGCGUCCAUAAAUCUAGUUAGCAUGGAGUGCUGUUUAUCGGAAGAGGCCAAGGAACAAAAGCGCAUCAAUCAGGAAAUCGAGAAGCAGCUGCGACGCGACAAGCGAGAUGCGCGCCGGGAGCUUAAAUUGCUUUUGCUUGGCACGGGCGAGUCCGGCAAGUCAACAUUCAUCAAACAGAUGCGCAUUAUCCAUGGCAGCGGCUACUCGGACGAGGACAAGCGUGGAUAUAUCAAACUGGUGUUUCAGAACAUAUUCAUGGCCAUGCAGUCGAUGAUCAAGGCCAUGGAUAUGCUUAAGAUCUCCUAUGGCGUUGGAGAGCAUAGCGAACUCGCCGAUCUGGUGAUGAGCAUUGACUAUGAAACAGUUACCACAUUCGAGGAUCCAUUUUUGAAUGCCAUCAAAACGCUAUGGGCCGAUGCCGGCAUCCAGGAGUGCUACGACCGUCGUAGAGAAUACCAAUUGACAGAUUCAGCCAAAUAUUAUCUGAUGGAUCUCGACCGUGUGGCUCAACCUGCUUAUUUACCCACUGAGCAAGACAUUUUGAGAGUUCGUGUGCCGACAACGGGGAUCAUUGAGUAUCCCUUUGACUUAGAAGAAAUCAGAUUUAGAAUGGUGGACGUGGGUGGUCAGCGAUCGGAGAGAAGAAAGUGGAUUCAUUGCUUUGAGAAUGUAACAUCAAUCAUAUUUUUGGUGGCGCUAUCGGAAUACGAUCAGAUCUUGUUUGAAUCUGAUAACGAGAACCGAAUGGAGGAGUCAAAAGCUUUAUUUAGAACUAUUAUUACGUACCCUUGGUUCCAGAAUUCAUCAGUUAUUCUUUUCCUGAACAAGAAGGACUUGUUGGAGGAGAAAAUUAUGUAUUCGCAUUUGGUAGACUACUUUCCCGAAUACGAUGGUCCACAGCGAGAUGCAAUCGCGGCCCGCGAGUUCAUACUGCGAAUGUUUGUAGACUUAAAUCCAGAUUCCGAAAAGAUUAUCUAUUCUCAUUUCACCUGUGCUACAGAUACUGAAAACAUCAAGCUUGUGUUCUGCGCUGUCAAAGAUACAAUUAUGCAAAAUGCACUUAAGGAAUUCAAUUUGGGCUAAACAACCAAAUCUGCUGCAGCGAGGACAGAAGGAUGCCGGGAUGGCAGGAAGCCAGGAUGUGCCGCAGUGCCAGGCAGGAUGUGUCGCAAUGCAAAUGAAUAUUUGAUUUAUAAUUGUAUUUGAAUUUGAAUUUGAAAGUCCAUUAAUAAAAAUUCAUAUUUAUGCGUUA